GUUAACAUGAAGAAGGAGAAGGUGGCCCAGUGGGUGACGGACAGCGAGGAGGAGAACCUGGUCGUGAUCAAUGGAAACUGCGGUGACCCAGGCAAGGAGAAGGCCGAGCCUACCUUGAAAGUCAAAAGGAAGCAGAAGAAUGCAGAUGUCGAUGACGCAGAGAAAGUGCCUCGCAAGGCGAAGCGGAAGGAACAGGACGAGGAGGUCCCCAAAGAAGGCCAGGAGGAGGUACGGAGGCGCGGAUCCGCUGGCUGGGAGAACAGUUUGCGGCAGAAGCCCCCUCCCCGCAUCGUCUUCCAGGCCGGACCCGCCGUGCAGGAGAAGAAUGUGAAAGACGACGUGGAGAGCGUGGAGAGCUUCAAGGAGAGACACAAAAUCAGGUUUUCCAGGAGACUCUCUGCCUUCGCCCAAGUGGACUACUCAGAGGAGAACUUUGCGCAGUCCAGCCAGAGCAGCGGCAGCAGCAAUAUUGGGGUACCAAAUGGCUGCCUCUUGACAGGGACCCCGAGAGAUGCAGAGGAAUACCAGGACAGCAAGGGUUUCCGGAUCGGCGAGCUCGUGUGGGGCAAGAUCCGGGGCUUCGCUUGGUGGCCCGCCAUCGUCGUGUCAUGGAGGGCCACAUUCAACCGCAAGGCGGCCCCCGGGAUACGUUGGGUCCAGUGGUUUGGUGAUGGAAAGUUUUCGGAGGUCUCGGUAGACAAGCUGGUGGGGCUGUUGGCAUUCCAGGAACAUUUCAACUCCACCACGUUCCAGAAGUUGGUUUCGUACCGGCAAGCCAUCCUUCACGUCUUGGAGGUGGCAAGCAGCCGAGCAGGCAAGUCGUUCUCGAGCGCUCCGGGGGAUUCUCUCGAAGACAAGCUGAAGCCCAUGGUGGAGUGGGCCAUGAAUGGCUUCAAGCCCACCGGAGGGAAAGGUCUGAAGCCCCCCAAGACCUCAGACAGCAGUCUCCUCAGCCAGAGUAGCAGCUCUGAAGAAUCUGCCGCUCCCGAACUGCCUUCCCCUGAACCUGCCCCCCCUGCCAAGCGGCUCAAGACUAAUGUCUGCAAUGGGAGCAACAAGGAGCAGGCGGAGGAGAACCAGAGCAGAGAGUCGAUGGCUUCUGAAGCCAGGCAAAGCAAGAAGAGCUUGGAAGACAGCUGCUUGUCGUGUGGGAAGAAGAAUCCGGUGACCACCCACCCCCUGUUCGAAGGGGGCCUCUGCGAGACUUGCCAGGUUCAGUUCCUAGAAUUUUUCUACAUGUACGAUGAAGACGGGUACCAGGCUUACUGCAGCAUUUGUUGCGCGGGGAACGAGCUGCUUCUCUGCGACAAUGCCAACUGCUUCAGGUGCUUCUGUGUGGACUGCUUGAACCUGCUGGUGGGUCGCGGGGCGGCCGACGCAGCCAGGAAGGAGGAUCCCUGGAGCUGCUACAUGUGCCAGCCGCAAGGGCGGCACGGGAUGCUUCAGAGGAGGGACGACUGGAACACCCGCCUGAAGGAGUUCUUCACGGACGAGAAGGGGCUGGAAUACGAGCCACCAAAAAUCUACCCUGCCAUCCCAGCGGCAAACAGGAGGCCAAUCAGAGUGCUGUCUCUCUUUGAUGGAAUCGCAACAGGCUACCUUGUCCUGAGGGAUCUUGGCAUCCAGGUGGAGAAAUACGUCGCCUCUGAGAUCUGCGAGGAGUCCAUAGCUGUGGGAACUGUGCGGCACGAAGGGAAUAUCCAAUACGUGCAUGACGUCAGGAACAUAACCAAGAAAAAUAUUGACGAAUGGGGCCCUUUUGACCUGGUGAUUGGCGGAAGCCCCUGCAACGACCUCUCCAUCGUGAACCCUGCCAGGAAGGGCCUGUAUGAGGGGACCGGGCGACUCUUCUUCGAGUUCUACCACCUUCUCAAUUACACGCGCCCCAAAGCCGGAGAGGAGCGCCCCUUCUUUUGGCUGUUUGAGAACGUCGUGGCCAUGCGCAUCAACGACAAGAGGGACAUCUCUCGUUUCCUGGAGUGUAACCCUAUUAUGAUUGACGCCGUCAAAGUCUCAGCUGCACACCGGGCACGAUACUUCUGGGGCAAUCUGCCUGGGAUGAACAGGCCCCUGGUAGCUUCGACGACAGAUAAACUUGAACUUCAGGACUGCUUGGAGUACGGCAGAACAGCCAAGUUGAAAAAGGUCCAGACCAUCACCACAAAGUCCAAUUCCAUCAGGCAGGGGAAAGCCCUGACUUUCCCAGUGCGGAUGAAUGACAAGGAUGACAAUUUGUGGUGCACUGAAUUGGAAAGGAUCUUUGGCUUCCCCCACCAUUACACCGACUUGUCCAACAUGGGGCGUGGAACUCGACAGAAGCUUCUUGGCAGGGCGUGGAGUGUCCCGGUCAUCCGCCACUUGUUUGCUCCGCUCAAGGAUUAUUUUGCCUGCAACUAGGGAGCAGGUGGGGUGCCCAGGUCUCCUUUGAGCAAGCAGCCUUGGGAGAGGAGGGCAGCAAAGAGCUUGGAACGACACCCUCCUGCAAGUGCCACCCACAGCACGGCAUCUCCCCUUCGUUACCAUCUGCAAGCAG